ACUGCUCCAUGCAUCCACUUAGAGUCUGGUUAAAAAGAGGGAAAGGUGAAAAAAAGUGUCCGAGCUCAGCAAGGACCUACAGAGAGGCUCCUUAGACCUUCAGAAAGUCUGAAGAAAGGGGAGCCCAGCACAAGGAGGGAGAACUGUCCCCCAGGUUAACACAGAGGGGCUGACCCCUUUCAGCAGGUCCCUGCAGGGUCUGGGAUGCCUCAAGGCUGUGGAGGGAAGAAGAUGAUGGAAAGACACACAAAAACUUUGAACAGUAAGUUUUCCAUCCAUUCUCCUCAGCCUGAUUCUGAUUCCUGCCCUGCCCUGAAACUGGGGCUAAGUCAGCCCUGUCCACAAGGAAAGGCUCAAGUACACCCCACCUCACUGCCCAGUUAUAAACAGGGAUUUUUGGUGGAAAACUUGGGUUCCUCUCCAUAGUACCAACAUGGAAUGUGAUACAAUUUGUGUCAGUAUUUGCCAACUUGCCACUUUCAAGCCACAGAGGGCUGGUGGCAGCAGCAGUCACUGUGCUUCUGUUUAAUUCUUCCCAGGAUUCACAACCCAUCCAGACAUCUCCAGCACAUUUGUAUUGGCUCUGGGCUGAGUGACCUUGCAUGGAACACCAGGCUUUGCCUUUCCUAUGGCUAUGAAUCCCCUCUCUGAAGGCCCAGGAGCUCUUGAGUUUACAUCUGCAGAGUGGAGGAUUUCACUUCCUUCAUGACUUUCACUGUGUGGGUGAACACAGAAGCUGACACAAUUUAUUUAGUCUUUCCAGGUAUUGUCUGUCUGUAAUCCUAAUGAUCCCAUGUGACAUGGAAAUCCCCACGGGCAAUGAAGCAGUAGCUUUUCCUUGAAUUAGGUUCAAAUUCUUUGGAAAAGGGGAGACUGGGGAGGAGUAGAGAGGAUAAAUUGCAGCAGCUCCUUGCCUGAGCACAGACUUGAGCUCUCCCAGAGAGGCAGAGCAGCAUCCUGCAAGGAAGAGCCCUCCCACAGCCACCAUGCUCACUGCAAGGAAAGCCCUGCUGCUCCUUGGGCUCCUCACCCUCUUGCCAUGCUCCAGUGCAGCCCCUUACUCUCCGGCCGAGUGCUGCUUCGACUACGUGAAGGGCGUUCUCCGGCUGGACAACCUCGUGGGUUUCUACUCAACUUCCAGGGAAUGUUUUUUCCCAGCAAUUGUGUUUGACACCAAGAAAGAAGCCAAGGUCUGUGCAAACCCAGAGGAGAAUUGGGUGAAGAGAGCAGUUAGAGUGCUUCUAAAAAAGAAAGGACUUCAUCUGGGUGCCUUUAACCAGUGCCUAGGAGCUGGUGUGAGCCUGGUGGCUGCUGGCCCAGAGGACGUGUCCCUGCUCAGGGACUGUGGCUUGUCUCUCCUGUUAGAAACAAACAGACGAGCACUGGACUUGAUGUCCUGCCUGCAUGGGAAGAUGGCUUUAAUCUGCUUUCAGUUCCUAGAAGCUCCCUUGCCCCAUCAUGGCUCUUCCAUAGAAUGCAGAAGUGCUCCCCAAACUUGUCCACCCACCGCUGGAUGUGUCCCAAAAAUAAACAAGAGAAAGUCCCUUGACCUUCUUAGUACACGUCUGAAUUUUUGGAAAUGCAGCCUGAGUGGGCAGCGGGCAGAGGAUAAAAGACAGUGUGGAGAGAGCCACAGGCACAGGCAGCAGGCAGCGGGCAGGGUGACACAGGGCACGAGGAAGAGCCACCACUCAGCCACCAUGCUCCCUGCAAGGACUGUCCUGCUGCUCACCCUGCUCCUCACCUUCUCCCUGCACCACGCCACAGCCCACUUUGCACCCGUGGAAUGCUGCUUUAAGUAUGCACAGAAACGCAUCCGACACCCUCAAAGCUUCUACGAGACAUCCAAAGACUGCCCCAAUCCUGCAGUUGUGAUUGUGGCUGCCAAUGGUGAUCAGAUCUGUGCCGACCCCGAGAAGGACUGGGUGAAUAAAACCAUAAAACGGCUUCAAAAGCAAAAAUUAAACCCAUCCACCAUCUGACUUGCCCAUCCAGUCUUCCUGUCUCUCGAGGGAGCCAGCAGUGCCGGCAGCUCUUCUCCAGCGGGUGCUGUGGCCUCGGGCACCGUCACUGCAGGCGGAGCCAUCCCGAACCCCGGCAGGAUCAGGUGUCAGUGCCACGGACCUGCCAGCUCCCGAGCUGCUCCUGCUGUCACUGCCCUGCCAAGAUGUGCCUGUGGAGAAAAUAUUUAUAAUAAAGACUCAUUGCCACAAGUUGCUGUUUGAACUUCUCCUGAUUCUCCAGACCAAGCAGCAGAUCCUAACAAACCCAGGGCUUGCUGCAAGCAAAAGCCUCUGCCACAAGCUUGUUCUUCUCCAGAAGCAAACUGUGCCUGGUCACUGUGCUUCACUGGGAAUGUGACAGUGGAGCCAGGCCUUGACCCACGGGUCCAGGACCCACAGGUGAGGUUACCUUCACCCCAGGCAAAGCUGUACAUCCUCAGGGCAUGCUUGCAGCCCCAUGGGCUUUGCAGGUGCUCCAGAAUUAAGGGGAGGGUUCUGGGAAAAGAUACUGAUCUACCAAACCCUUAAUACCUUGACAGCUUCCAAGUGUGCUGGUGGUCACUGCCAAGUGUCUGAGGGAGAUAAAGAACAAUGUCCACAGUGCCAGGAGGGUGAGGACACAACCCCUUCAGCUGGACAGAGGUGUCCUGGCUGCCCAUCCGUCCGCAGGGCCAGGGAAGGGUGGGAGCAGCGUGGGAUCCCAGAUCUUAAAACCAGGCUGCUGGCCCAUCUUCUCAUGGCAGAGGUGCAAACGUACAAGAGAAAACUUCAGAAAGGCAAAAGCAAGGAAUGGGGCAAAUGAUCCUCAGCCUAAAGCUUCACCAGUGUUUUAUGCUCAUGGCUAGAAAACACUUCAGGGCUGUAUUUUCUAGGGUACUGAAUGGCACAGGAAAAACAUCCCUAAUGACAUUUUUGCCCAUGAACUGUAAGCACAUGGGAGGAAGCAAUGGUGGAAAGGGAAGCUGAAACAGAAUCAGAUACUGGGGGAAAAACACCUCGAGGACUGUGCAUCCCCUGUCA